AUGUCGAGUGGAAAUACUUGUGAUAUAGAUGAGGAGCUUGUUCAGAAGUUGAAGGAAUUUCGAUUCAAAAAGUACUCGCAGGGCAAUGCUGCGUUUGUGUUGAAAGUGGACAAGAAAAACUUGAAAAUUGUUGAAGAUGAAGAGUACGACGACAUAAGCGUAGAGGAUCUGGUGGAAGAAUUACCUGAAAACGCCCCACGAUUCAUCAUUUUGAGCUAUGAGCUCAAGCACAAGGAUGGACGUCAGAGUUUUCCACUAGUGUUCAUCUAUUGGUCACCAAAGGAUGUCAAUCCGUCACUACACAUGCUGUAUGCGACUGCUAGAACUUAUCUCCAAGAGAAGAUCGAUGUUACAAGAGUAAGUAUGGCGAUGGAAGACGUUUGAUGAUCACAGUUGCCGUACUGACUGGAUAAAAUUUGUUAAGGGCUUUGACAUUCGCGAUAACGAAGAGCUCACUGAUGAAUUCUUGACAAGCCAACUGAUGCCCUAAAUUCCAUUACACCGCGCCCUUCCCUUUAUAUACAUGUCCAUUAAUGACCUCACUGCGAUAUAUUGUUCGAUAUCUAUGGAAGAGUUGUUUGGUCGCUUCCUUGACAAUAACGUCAAAUGAAUAUAUCAAAUGUCGAAUAAAAUGGUUAUCGUUGUAGAAUUGAUCCGGAAACUUUGUUUCACAGCUGCUAGUUUCAUC